AUGGUACAGAAUGAAAACGUAAAUAUCCAAAUUCUGUCCUUGAAUGCAAACCCUCUUCAAGAAGAACAGGACUCUCUUCAAAUCUCAGAUGCUCGUGUGAGUAACACAUUCACACUGGACUUGUGUUUGAUGCCUAAUCUUCAAAGAUUGUAUCUGAUCAACUAUAAGAUAGAAGAACUCCACAUUUCUGAUAAUUGCAUUAACGACAGUAGGAUAAAUGAUGAUCAUGAUAAUCCACACAGUCUCAGGAUUUUGGAAUCCGAUUCACCAGCUACCAAUGAAAACGGUAUGAUCGAUUUUCCUAAGAUAACAGCCCCUGAUCUUGAUAGUCUGGAUCUUAGUAAGAAUGAAAUCAAAUUUUUAACACAAGAAGUGUUUGAAGGUAUUCCAAGGAUCCGCUGUAUUGAUUUGAGUAGCAAUCACAUUAAGAGUAUCACUGCUGACACUUUUGUGACUAGCAUUUACAUCAGAGAGCUUAAUUUGGAAAACAAUCAGAUUCAUCACAUCAGUGAGUCUGCGUUCAUCAACCAAAGGGGUGGAUUCAUUCUACGACUUGGAAACAACCAUCUCGUAUCGAUUCUACCAAGUAGUCUACCUGUUCUCUCGCGGACCGUCUACCUUGAUCCAAACCCAUGGAACUGUGACUGCGAAUCAACAUCGAUUAAAAGAUGGCUCUUGCUAUCAGGUGUCAAUCUGUAUCAGUGUAUGAACCCAUUGUAUUUGAAGAAUAUGAGUCUUGUGAGUCUGAAUGAGACAGGUUUGUGUCACGAUGAGUAUGGUGACUUCAAGUCUACGGUGACCCAAACCAGUCUUAGUAUGUCUAGUGGAAUUCGGAUGGUCAAGAAAGAAGCAUUUCAGGGUUCGACUAAUUUGACGCAUUUGGAUAUCCGAGGCAACUACCUGAUGAUGAUCCCUGACUUGUCGAGUUUUCCUAGAUUGUUUUAUCUGGAUCUUAGUGGAAACCUCUUGGAACGUAUCAGAAAAGAAGAUCUAAAUAAUUUGACCAACUUGUGUGAUAAUGGUAUAAUCGAUUUUCCUAAAAUAACAGCACCUGAACUUGAAAGUCUGGAUCUUAGUAAGAAUGAAAUCAAGUUUUUAACACAAGAAGUGUUUGAAGGUAUUCCAAGGAUCCGCUAUAUUGAUUUGAGUAGCAAUCACAUUAAGAGUAUCACUGCUGACACUUUUGUGACUAGUAUUUACAUCAGAGAGCUUAAUUUGGAAAACAAUCAGAUUCAUCACAUCAGUGAGUCUGCGUUCAUCAACCAAAGGGGUGGAUUCAUUCUACGACUUGGAAACAACCAUCUCGUAUCGAUUCUACCAAGUAGUCUACCUGUUCUCUCGCGGACCGUCUACCUUGAUCCCAACCCAUGGAACUGUGUCUGCGAAUCAACAUCGAUUAAAAGAUGGCUCUUGCUCUCAGGUGUCAAUCUGUAUCAAUGUAUGAACCCAUCAUAUUUGAGGAAUAUGAGUCUUGUGAGUCUGGAUGAGACAGAUUUGUGUUCCGAUGAGUAUGGUGACUUCAAGUCUACAGAGACCCAAACCAGUCUUAAUGUGCCUAGUGGAGUAAAUAGAAUUCUUUAUCGCUACUGUCUAAAAUUUACCUGGGCACUUCAUGUACUAUUAUCGUCGUACUUGUCUCUGGCAGAAUUAUCAUAUUGUCUAUAA